CUUGGACACCUACUUCUCCGAGUCUCUCGAACUACACACCGGUCUAUUUCUUGAGCCUCAUCGAGCCAAGCCAUACAAUCACACCUCUUCAUCCCACUCCCAUCCCACGUUCUCCUUGUCAUCUCACCCAAUAUGGCUCCCUCUGCAGCAUGUGAGCACGCACCGAUGCACCUACCCGUCCUGUCCAAGGCUUCAUCCAUCAAUGCGUCUGUCUUGCAUGGCCCUCGGGACCUGCGAUUGGAAAGACGAACCAUCGAGGAACCUGGGCUUGGUGAGCUUCAGAUUGCCGUCAAGACGACAGGUAUUUGCGGCUCCGAUGUCUCAUACUACAAGAAGUUUGCGAAUGGCGACCUUUGCGCCUGUAUGCCUCUCUCACUUGGUCAUGAGUCCUCGGGUGUUGUCGUUGCCAUAGGGCCCCAGGUCUCGGGCUUUAGCAUUGGUGACAGGGUAGCGCUUGAAGUUGGUGUGGCCUGCGGUCAAUGCACCAUCUGCCGCAAAGGUCGUUAUAAUCUUUGCAAAAGGAUGAGAUUCAGGAGCAGUGCCAAAUCAGUUCCUCACUACCAAGGUACCCUCCAGGAGAGGAUCAACCACCCUGCUAUCUGGUGUCACAAGCUCCCUGAUAAUAUUUCCUUUGAUGCAGCAGCUCUUCUUGAACCUCUUUCUGUUGGUAUACAUGCUGUCAACCGAGCAAGUCCCGCUCCCGGCUCUACGGCUUUGGUACUCGGAGCCGGUACGGUCGGGCUACUCACCGCAGCCAUGGCACGUCAGGCAGGUUGCACACAGGUGACCAUCACUGAUGUCGACCAAGGCCGCGUUGACUACGCCAUCUCCAAAGGCUUCGCAACCCACGGCUACGUCGUUCCCCGACCGCUCCACACCUCUUCCAGUAGCUCCUCAAUAUUCACCAACAGCAACAGCAGCUCCGGCUCAUCCACCCCAUUAGAUGGCAUCGCCACACCAUCCAGCACCCUUCCUUUCCGCAGUUCGCUCGACUCCGCCAAAGCUCUUGCCGCCAACAUGCUAGCCCUGACCCAAAACCCCAUCCUCGACAGCGAUGACGAAGACAUCGGCGUCGACGCCACCUUUGAGUGCACCGGCAAGGAAGUGUGCAUGCACACGGCUUUGUACGCAACCCGGCCAGGAGGUAAAGUCAUCAUGGUCGGCAUGGGCACACCCAUCCAAACGCUGCCGUUGUCAGUUGCCCAUUUGCGGGAGAUUGACAUACUCGGUAUCUUCCGAUAUGCCAACACGUAUGCUACCGGUAUCCGGAUGUUGUGUAACCAGGGAAAAUCCGGUGCCGGGUUCACUCUCCCGAGCUUGGACGACAUGGUCACUCACCGGUUUAAGGGACUAGAGAACGCCAAGGGAGCGUUUGAACUGGCUAGUCGGACGAUGGAUCACGAUGGGAAUCUGGUGCUUAAGGUUGUUAUUGAGGCUUAGGCGUGGUGUCUAUGUCUUCCCAUGUACACCUGGUUUUGUUUUGCCCGAUAGAUGGUCCUGGCUUUGGAUACGUAUGGCU